AUGCCUUUAAGGGUCGGUUGCAUUUCGUCCUGGACUCUUCCCAAGCGAACUUGUGAAUUUCAUUCUGGAUUUUCUAAGCGGACUUGUGCAUUUCAUUCUGAACUUCUAUAUGAAUUUCAUUCUGGAUUUCCCAAGCGGACUGUGGAACGGGUUAAUACGUCGACUUAG